UCUUUCCCCCUCCCUUUCUUCAAUUACCUCAUACAUGGGCUGGCAGUUUCUACGUCUAGGCAUGCAUUUGUUUAAGAAACACACCCAAGUGUGCUGUGCUGUAUAUUAAAGCAAGUUAGACUGUUGCUGGUUAGUACAGUUCAGAAUGCAAAUGAAAGGAAAAGGCACAGCAGCUAGAAAAACUCUCCUUUUCUGUUGCAGAAGGAAAUAGUUUAGAUAGAUAGGUCUUUCGUUAAGCUAAAAGUGAGGGAUAUGUAUUUGGUUAUAAACAGAACAAAACAAAACAAAGUAGAACUGUGCUAGCCAACUGUAUUGGCACCAGCAGGAGGAAAUAUAAAGAAAAAGCCUCUGAAGUUUUAUUCGGUUUCAGAAAAAAGAGUCAUCAGAAGACCCAGCCAAGAUAGAAAACAACCAAAUUGGAAGGUGGCAAAGUAUCAGUGGACAACAGUUGAAGCAGCUGGUGUAGAAACACUGAUAUUCAUGUAUUGCAGUUACAACUAUAGCUCACUUGAAAAUGAAGACAGUCCCAUGGAUUUUGAGUUUCUUAAUAAUGCUAUUAUCAAAUGGAUAUUAUACAGUAGAGACACUUAAAAAAUCCUUUCCUAAACGAAAUCCACGUUCUACAGAAGAGGGUGAGGAAGGGAAAAAGUGUGGCUACACAUUUAUUGUUCCGGAACAAAAAAUAACUGGACCAAUUUGUGUCAACACUAAAGGCUCAAGUCCAGGAAACAAAAAAGAUGAAAUUACUAGGAUGGAUAUUGAGAAUUUGAAAGAAGUACUGUUCAAGCAAAAGCGAGACAUUGAUCUCUUACAAUUAGUGGUGGAUGUGGAUGGAAAUAUAGUAAAUGAAGUAAAAUUGCUGAGAAAAGAGAGUCGCAACAUGAACUCACGUGUUACUCAACUGUAUAUGCAGCUCUUGCAUGAGAUAAUUCGCAAACGAGACAAUUCACUAGAGCUUUCCCAGCUGGAAAACAAAAUCCUCAACGUUACAACUGAAAUGUUGAAGAUGACAUCAAGGUACAGAGAGCUUGAAAUAAAAUAUGCAGCGCUAACUGACCUUGUAAAUAAUCAAUCGGUCAUCAUCACACUUUUGGAAGAACAAUGUCUGCGAAUAUUCUCACGGCAGGAUGCACAUGGUUCACCACCAUUAGUUCCAGUGGUGCCUCAUCAUAUUCCUAACAAUCCACUUUACAACCCUACGCUGCUAGGAAGUAAUGAAAUUCAGAGAGAUCCAGGUUAUCCUAGAGAGAGAGAUGUAAGGCCACCCCCUGAUCCAGCUACUUCUCCUACAAAAAGUCCUUUUAAGAUUCCACCAUUAACUUUAAUAAAUGAAGGCCCUUUCAAAGACUGUCAUCAAGCCAAACAAACUGGCUAUUCCAGCAGUGGGAUUUAUAUGAUCAAGACUGAAAACAGUCAUGGACCAGUGCAAUUAUGGUGUGAGAACAGCCUUGAUCCUGGGGGCUGGACAGUUAUUCAAAAAAGGACAGAUGGUUCUGUGAACUUCUUCACAAACUGGGACAAUUAUAAGAAAGGGUUUGGAAAUGUUGCUGGGGAAUACUGGCUGGGACUGGAAAAUAUUUACUUGCUCUCCAAUCAGGAUAAUUACAGACUUUUGAUUGAAUUAGAAGAUUGGAGUAAUAAGAAAGUCUAUGCAGAAUACAGCAGUUUUCGACUGGAGCCAGAGAGUGAAUAUUAUCGACUACGUUUAGGCACGUAUCAAGGGAAUGCUGGUGAUUCCAUGAUAUGGCACAAUGGAAAACAAUUUACAACACUGGACAGAGAUAGAGAUAUGCACACAGGAAAUUGUGCCCACUUUCAUAAAGGAGGUUGGUGGUACACUGCUUGUGCUCAUUCUAAUCUCAAUGGAGUAUGGUAUAGAGGAGGACACUACAGAAGCAAACAUCAGGAUGGGAUUUUUUGGGCUGAAUACAGAGGAGGCUCAUAUUCACUGAAAGCAGUUCAGAUGAUGAUUAGACCUAUUGAUUGAGACUGCUAAAAUGUUUUUUUAAAAAAAUAAUCCUUAAGUUUGAUGCAGAUGUCAUUUUUGAAAAUCUUAGGAGAAGUCUACUAUUUUUUUUAAAUUCUCACCAUAUUAUAUAUGUUGAUUAUAUACACGUUAAUUACAAAGCAGAACUGAUGGCUUCAUUUAAAAUAAUUCUGUAUUCAUGUAAAGUAUGAAUAUUAACUGCAGCUAUUAAACUUACCAGUUUAAUAUCAAGAUCAAGAGGAAAAAUUAAUAGAUGUGUAAAAUGAUUACAUUUAAAAACUCAAGUAUGAAACAUUUUUCUUAUGUGUUAAAUAGUCAAAUCAAUUCAUUCUCAUAUGAUUAAAAUUAUUUCAGUUUUUAUUUCAGAGACCUUAAUGGUAGGGGGGAAAAACUGCUUUAGAGAACCUUACAGACAAUGAGACAAAAGAAUUGGAAAGAAACUACACUUGCAAGUGUAGUUUGCAUCAAAUAAAGUACUAUCAUUUCAUUAUGGCAAUUGUUACUAGAUAGUUAAAUUAUAAUGGUAAUUGGUUCAAAAAUUUCCAUCACUAAAUGACGCAAUAAUAAAGUGUGAUCUCAUGUGACUACAUCGUUUAGAAUGGCAAUUCCCGCAGUUGCCACUCCCAUCAGUAAGUGAAGAUCAUGCAUCCUUAAGCAAGCAGCUCCUUGUAACUUCCUGGUGGCUUACAGCAACCAAAGUCAGUGGGAAGUGCUAUUAGCCACAAUCCAGAGUCUGACUCUGACCAUGAAUCUGAUAAUGUUGCUCCACAGCUGGCCUGUACUACAGAACAGUCAGACUCAGGAAUCAGCAAGCCAGGAUUCAAUUAUGGAUCAUCAGUCACAGGUAUCUCCUGUUUCCACGUCCCAGAUCUAGGCUCAUACAGAAGUGAGCAAUGCAACAUUCCUCUAUGAGGCUUCUAAUAAAACAAAGGGCAAAGCAUGAAUAACUGCAGUCAGCGGACUGCAGACAGAUUUGAUUAGUUCCUGAUCUUGCAAUCCUUGUUGCAAACAACCAUUUGGUUAUCCAGCUCUUGAAUCAUGUUUCUGCUUCUUGCUUGUGACUCCUGGCCUUUGGACUGGCUGACUGCCCAAUUUGGCAUCCUGGAUCUUUUGGAACAUCUGUAGACUAUGCUGUUAUAUCUUUGAUUGUAUUUGACUCCCUUCAGGCAAUCAUUCUUUACUGGGUAUUUGAAUUUCAUUCCUGUCUGCUGUUAUCUGCUGUUAUCCACCUAAAUAGCAGUAAAUAUUCCUGCUUCUACAGUACUCUGUUUUUGUCUAUGUGUCAGCAACCUUAAAAAAGAACAGGAAGCUGACCAGAAGUUGCAAGUUCAAGGCAGUUUGCAAGCAGAUAGCCAGUGGCUGCUGCUGGAUGGAAGGAGGUAUAUGAGUGGUAAGGGAGGCAUGGUGGAGGGAGGCAUGGUGGAAAUAUGGCUGGGCUUGGGAUUGCUGCUGCUGGCUGGAAGAGGGUGCAUUAAUAGUAAGGGAGCCACAGCAAGAGUGGGGAAGGACUUGGGGUAGCUGCUGCUGCUGCAUGGGAGAAGGAUGUGCAAGUGGCAGGGAUUCAACAUAUAAAUUCUGAAUGUCCCAAGGAGUUGUGUGUCAGAGUGUAUAGGUGGCUGGUGAGAUGCAGGAAGAGAGAGGCUGGGAGAUAGUGCACUGGUGAGACUUAUCCAAGCAAGUUGUGACCUUAUCUGCCAACUUCACUAUUGACAUUGGGAAGCAGGCAGGGAAGGUCACAAAUAAAGUUCAUGCCACCACAAGGUGCUGCAACUUUAACUUUGUUAAGAGCCAACUGGAUCCCCUAAAUCAUGACCCCAUGAUCAGGAGGGUGCUGGGAUGGCCAGACAUUCAAGGACUAGUUGUAACCAUCAUUUGUUCAGUCCUAUCAUAACUUUGAAUAAUCGCUAAGGACGUGGUCAUCAUUAACUGCCUGCAUUUUACAGCCCAAUUUUCUUAAGAUAUGGGAAUCCUACUUCCUCUGGAUCAGAAACCACACGUUACUUUGAAAGUCAAAUCCAAAAUUGGAAGCCUUGCUACAACAUUGUACAUUAGAUCAAUGUUAUUAAUCCUAUGUUACAAAUUGGAAUUAAGAUUUAAGAAACAAAGUUGUAUACUCAUUAAAGAAUGACCUGUUUCAGGAGUACUACUUAAUUUAUAAUUUUAAUAAAAUUCAAUGUACUAGACAUGUUCUGUGAAAUAAAUUGAUUUCAGUAGUAUUUAAUAACAAUAAUGUGUUUAAAAAUAUGUUAUAGUUAGAAUUAAAAUAUGUACAAGUGGUUGUAAAUUGAUGUGACGAUGUGACUGGACUAACAACUGUUUUUAUGAUAAUUGUAAAGAAUAGAUCUACUAGUUUAAAAAUAUUCAAAAGAUUCCAGUACUAUAU